GUGAUUGAAAGUGACUUUUUUACUGGUGAACGAGCAACUUUAUCAACCAUAGAAAGAGGUCUUUUUGACACAACUAAUGAAUAUAUUUCAGCUGUUAUUCGAAACCAGAUCCUUUAUCAUUAUACCUUUAAAUCUAUAGAACAACAAAAAUACUGA